GUUAUCUUCAAUAUAUCCUCACUUCUUUCUUCUUCUUCUUUGGAACUGCUUCAAGCACAACUAAAAACCUUGUAGCUUUUCUGGCUUAUUACAUUCGUACUAUAAGGUAAUUAAUUUUUGCUUCUGCUGGUACAUAGUUUGUUUAUGUUAUUUGUUUCAUGGUUUUAUUUGGGUUAUGUGAGUCUUGGUUAUUUUUGGUUCCUUUGAAUGAGCUGAAUUCGUGUUCUUGUACUUUGUGUGACGAAUAUGAACCGGAAAUCAUGCAUGGUAGUUUAAUUCUUGAUAGAAAUUUGAAAUUUACUUAAACCCACUUAAGUUGUGAUGGAUCUAUAUUAAGAUCAUUUUGGCAUCUCUGAAUCUAGUCUUCUAAGAAAUUAGUAUUCAAGUUCAAGCACAUAUAAAGUCUAUGGAAGUUGGAGAAACAAAAUGUUCAUCUGGCUAUGGCAACCCUCCAUGGACAUUUAAAGGCAGUGCACUAUACCAGCUCCAUCUUGUGAAAGCAGAAACUGCUCGAGCAGUCAUCCCAAAGGAGUUGAGAUUAGUUGAAGCAUUUGGAUACACUCUUGGUGGCUUUUUCCUUGCUAGUUAUGAGGACAGUCCAGCUGGGGCCUUUGAUGAGCUUGUGGUGAUUGCAGGAAUCGUGUGGAAUCCGCCGACAUCUUGCGCAUGGGCUGCUAGGGUGCUUGUGAACAGUGAUGAGGCUUGUGAUCAUGGACGAAAGUAUGUAGGGCUUCCAAGUCAGGUUGCAAGAUUUACAAAGAGAAUUACUGCUGUUCAAGGGCAACCAAAGCGUAAAUCCAGUAGCUUUCUGAACAUGAUUGGUUUGGGUACAACCACGACAUGCACUCCAAAGGGUUUCAUGGAUUUACAAGUGAGCGAAAACAAGGGUUGUGUUGCCACAGAUAUUUGUAACAUCAAACUAGCAACUAUAGGGCCUACCCCGAAAUUCGACCAGAGGAUGGGGCUUGCAAUCAAAAUGUCACUGCCAAGUUUUAGUGGCCAUUCAGAGUAUAUUCCCAACCUUUUAAAGUAUUCUUGCCAUAUUGAAUGCAGGGUGAGAGCGGUGGAGCCAGCAAAAGUUUCAGGGCCAUCUUUUGCACCAAAAGAGGACACCGGGAACCUCCACCAAACAGCAAACUCUGCUACUGAAGAAUUGAUAGAUAAUGAACGUAACUUGAGCAUAUCUGUGUUGUUAUCAAAGCCAAUAAUAGCUCUAGAAUUCAAUUGUUUGAAAAUGCAAGUUGAAGCUCCCAUUGUUGUUGCCAAUUGCUCUAAAAGUUCUUUAAAAAUUUCUUGAUCAUUCAUGUACUGCCUCAUUUCUUGAUAAGUUAAACAAAAAUUCCUUCACAUGCAGUGUGUUAAGUUAAUAUUUGU